UCUCAGUAUUGCGUGAGCAAGUCAGACCAUCGCCUGAGGGAGACUGUCACAUACGCGCACCGCUGUGUCUCGCUCUCUGCUCUUAUUUAUGUUUUUACUGUUCAAAAAAUGGCGAAGCUUAGUGAGCACGGGAUUCGCCUUAGCUGCAUGAGCCCGUCUUACCUUUACAGCAAUUCAACGAGUCAUACCUGGCCCUUCAGCGCUAUUGCAGAACUUGUAGACAAUGCCUGUGACCCCGGAGUUACAGCCAAACAGAUCUGGAUUGAUGUUGUUGAAAUCAAGGGGCAUCUCUGCUUGACAUUCACAGACAAUGGAUACGGCAUGACACCAAACAAGCUGCACAAAAUGCUCAGUUUUGGCUUCACAGAGAAAGGGUCGAAUAGGAGCCGUCAGCCCAUAGGAGUGUAUGGAAAUGGAUUCAAGUCUGGAUCGAUGCGGCUGGGUAAGGACGCGAUGAUCUUCACGAAGAAUGGAGGCUGUCUGAGCGUGGGGCUGCUGUCACAAACUUACCUGGAGCACAUCCGAGCAAAGGCUGUCAUUGUGCCCAUCACUCCUUUCAACCAGCAAAACAAGAACCUGAUAGUAACAGAGGACUCAGUGGCUAGUCUGGAUGCUAUCAUGACCCACUCACUGUUCCAGACCCAGGAGGAGCUGCUGGAACAGUUCGAUUCCAUCCCCAGCAAGAAGGGGACCAAGAUUGUGAUCUGGAACAUCCGCAGAAACAAGGAUGGAAAGCCAGAACUGGACUUUGAGACAGACCCACAUGACAUCCGGAUUCCAGAUUUACGCUCUGAGCAGUCAGGGAGUUCCAGCAAAAAGAGUUGUCGUGAACCUGAGAGGGCUGACCGAACUGUGCCAGUGAUGGACAACUCACUACGUGAGUACUGCAGCAUCCUGUACCUGAAGCCGCGAACUCAGAUCAUUCUACGGCAGAAGAAGGUCCGGACCAAGCUGAUCGCCAAGAGCUUGGCCAACAUUGAGCAUGAUGUCUACAAACCUAACUUUAUUAACAAGCGAGUGCGAAUUACAUUCGGGUUUAACUACAAGAACAAGGAGCACUACGGAAUCAUGAUGUACCACAAUAACAGGCUGAUCAAGUCCUAUGAGAAAGUGGGCUGUCAAAUCAAGUCCAACACCCGAGGUACUGGUAUAGGGGUGAUUGGAGUGAUUGAGUGUAACUUCCUGAAACCAGCACACAACAAACAGGACUUUGAGUACACCAAAGAAUACAGGCUGACUCUGGCAGCUCUGGGAUUGAAGCUGAACGACUACUGGAAAGUGAAGAAAGCAAAGAAAUUGCAGGAUCAGGUGGAAGCCAACGAGGAGACACAGAGGAACCCAGACCAGCACUGGGUGCAGUGUGAGGAGUGUCUGAAGUGGAGGAAGCUGCCUUUCACAGAGGAGCCUGUCCCUGAGCCAUGGUACUGCCACCUCAACCCUGACCCCAAGUGCAGUCGCUGUAUCGACCCAGAGGAAGCUGAGGAAAGUGAAGACGAGCUCACACCCAGCUAUGAGAAGACCUUUAAAAAACAAGAUUUGAGCUAUGACAGAAAAAGGAGUGUGUCUCUUGAGGGAGGUAUCGUCAAGCCAGUGCUGUCCCGGGGUCUGUCUGGGCCGCCUAAUCUUCUCACCAGUCAAGAGGAGGAGGAGAUGCAGGGGAGGGAGAAAGGCGCGACUGGGUCGAGUGUCCCCAGUAAAAAGCAAAAGCAAGGCUGGGACAGCAGCCGCCAGGACAUAAGCCCCGAAGCUUGGGGAGGAUUGGGAGAUCAGGCCCAUGCCCUUGUGAAAACAGACUCAGACUCCAGUGGGGAGGAAGAGGGCAUAAUCAUAGUUUCAGAAAAGAGCACCCCUCCCACCCUGCCCAUUAUCAAACAGGAAGAGCAGAUGUUGCCCUGGCCUGCAGGGGGAGCGGCUCCUAAGGGACAGCAGAAUCUCUGGAACAAAUCCAAGAAAAAGGCUCCCUCCACAGCCCAAACAGUGGUAGUGCAACCAAGAACGAGAGAAGGUAAUGUUACAGCACAGGAAGGGAGAAAAAGGAAGCCUAAUGCCAUGGCUGCAGACUACCCAGAGAGGGAGCAGCUGACAGAGAUCCGGGCUCUAGAGGAGGCAGCCAUCUCAGAGAGACUGGCAGAGCUGGAGAAGGAGGCAGAGAGGUUGAGAGGGAAUCUGAGGGUCCCCAGACUGCCCCAGGACUGCCCCACAAGCCUGCAACAGAUGAGGGAACUGUACCAGCAGGCCUGUAAGGAGAAGGAGUUCUUCAGCCAGGGGCUGAACGAGGCCGAAGACAAACUGGUUGUUAUCUCUGCCGAAAGGGACAAGUACAGGCAUAAGGUGGCUGAGCUGGAGCGGGAGAAGUGUCACUUGCAGCAGGAGUGUCACAGGAGCCAGCAGGAGGUGCUGCUGCUCCGAGCUCAUCCUACCAGUGCCAAUGAAGAGAUCUUCUGGGGCAAGAAGCACGCCAGCUUCCAGUACCAAGAGCUGGAGCCACUGCGGGCCGAAUUGGACCGGAUUCGGAGGGAGAAGAAGGAGCUGGAGAACCGACUAAGCAGGCAAGGAGAGACCCGGGAGCAGGGCACAAGUCCCCAGCCCAGUGCCACUGACAGCGUUACCAUGGAGAGGCUGCGUACGCUGCGCCAGAAUGUGGCGAACCUGCUGACCUCAGUCUUGCCUCACCUGGACUUAAAGGAGAUCAGUUUUGACACAGGAGACAUCGACCACAUCCUGGAGAAGGUUAUCGAAGCCAACAAGAUCUGAGGCCCAGGCCAGGCCAGGACAGAUGAUUUCAUUUUUUAACAGGCUGUUGUGCUCUGUUAUUUUCAAGGAUGCUGCCUUCAAAAGAUCUGUGUAUUGAGUAAGCUGUCCAAAUUGUACAAAAUCUAGCAAUCACACAAAGUGUAAAAUAUAAGAAAUAGGGAGAUUAAAUGAGCUAUACUGUAAUAGUUAUUUACGACAUCUGUUCAGUAACAAAGAAAAUAAAUAGCCUAACAAAUUAGUUUAGUGACUGCUGUCUGGAGUUGUUUUUGUGGAAUGGCAAACAUACUGGUAUAGAAUUAAAGUGUGCAUGUUAAAAUGGAGUACCCUUAGAAAAGGAAUAGGGCUUUUUUUUCUCAUGCAGUGCUUUUAUAGAGGUAAAGACAGGUUCACAAUUAUCUUUCAGUAAUGUCUUGAUAAAAAAUACUAUCUACAUUGUACCAUAAAAUCAAACGUUGACAUAUUUAUUUGUGUUUUGUAUCUGAAUUCGAAGCAUAGCUGGCUCAUAGAACCACUACACUAUAAACUGACAAGUAUUACCUUUUUUCCACAUAUAAAGUAACCGGUUUUUAAAUCACCUGGUUUCAAUUCUUACAGAAAAACACAACUGAAAAAGUGGAAUUUUUUCAGGUUCAAAUAAGAUACUACUGACCAAGAGUACAACAUGUGAAUAAUAUGGUUAAUUCACCUUAACCACUGUGUGUACAUAUUGUAUUGUAAAUCAGAUGAAUGCUGGACCCACAUUUUCCUACCAUGUGCGUGUUUGUACUUUGUUUUUUGUUUUAGUUUUUUUUAUUGUAAGGUUCCUAAUAUGUCAAUUAAGUCAAAUUGUCAUUUACAAAUCCUAUAGAAAUAAAACAUUUAGUUGGAAACAGUAUGGUAGCGAUUAGUGUAAAUAGUAUAGAUUACUAGUGAUUGUUUUAUAUAGGCUGCCAGUCCUUUUUCCUAUUUUAUACAUUGAUCAUUAUACUUGAUCACAUCUCAGUAACAGCGAAAUCAGUGAAAGAUGCCUAAGAGUCUUUUUUAUACAGCUUCAAACCAUAUGGAAAGUGCCUAGUGCUUCAGAACAGUGCCUUAUUGCAGUACUAUGUUGAGAAAAGAGUGAUCUAUUGGGAUGUAUUUGUUUUUGCCCUGUGUGUAACCAGCUGGGGAAAAAAAAAAACAGCAGCAAUCUGAGAAUAGCUAGAACAAAAUGAAACCUUUCCCAAUACUACUAGAACAAUAAUGACAUAUCCCCAAGUGUGGGGUCAAGGCCUCCUUAGAAAGACCUACGCUUAAUGUUAAAUACAAAAUAAAAAUAACGAUAAAUUGCAGAUGAGUUAAUAAAGGAGUUGUUUUUACUAAGUGAAUUACAUUUGGCACAGCUUACCCUUAAAUCUAAAUUAAAGACUAACCAUUUCUUGAACCCAUGACUAGGAAUGCAGUGUCUUUGUAAAACAUACUUUUAACAUAUUUCAUAACUAGCACCAAAAAGGUUAAAGUAUGAGGUGUGUUGAUCAUAUUUAAAUAUUUGAAAACUAGAUGUUAGAAAGCAAAAAGGUUUUGUUAUAUUUUUUCAUUGUUGAUUUUUUUUUUUCAUUAACAAUUGUUGUUACUGAUUGUCAAAAUACCAUAGAAAGAGUUUGCUUAUGAAGGCCUGAAGCGCAACUUGUGCUCAGUCCACUAGAGGGAGCUGUUAUGCAGUGUUUUAUGCUACUGCCCUCUGGUGCAUACCAAAGGAGGUACAUUUGUGUACAAUGCUAUGCGGUUCCUUGAUGGGAAAUAAAAAAAAAAAAAAAAAAAAACAAUACAAAGCUUUUAGCUGUAGGAACUAGGGUUAAUAUAUUUAUGAUGCAUUCAAUUCUACUACCUUUGUAUUAUGUUGAGCCUCCGCUCUUUUAUUUAAGCACCAUGCAAUUGUGAAGCACACUAGAACGGGAGGUGUCGACGACAGCUUCAUUUUGCAGAUAUCACACUAUGGACAUAUUUACAGCAACAAAUGUUUGCGUAUAUAAAGAACACAUAUACUGUUUAUAUGUCCAAAGUAGUGAUGAUUUUAACUUUGUAGCAUGUAUAUAUUUUGCAGAAUUGUAAUAAACAAAAAUAUCUUGUGCGCAAACAUUCCAUGUUUUGCAGUAUCAAGCAGCUGUAGCAGUGUAUGUAUUUCUCUUGGCCGUUAACCAGCAUUGUGCAUCCACUCAUAACUUUGAUCAAUGUACUUAUUCAGCCUCAUAUUUUCUAUGUCUUAAUGUUUAAUUUAUUGUAAUUUUUAAUAUUUAUAAUGUAUUUUCUACCCAGUGUAAAACCUGUGUUGUUUUGUAAUAUUGUUUAUAAAUGCUGUGUGGAGUUGGAAGAGCAUAGUGUU